ACAAUGAACACCAGCGGGCCUGUGGAGUAUUUCAUCCUGGAUGGACUGAAGGACAGAUUCGUGCUGCCUAUUUUCUUCACCGUCUAUGUUUCAGUUCUGUGUGGAAACGGCAUGAUCAUUUACCUUGUUAGAACCGACCCCAAACUCAACACUCCGAUGUAUUUUUUCCUUCAUAAUUUGUCCUUUACUGAUAUUGUGUUCACGUCAGUGACCAUUCCCAAAAUGUUGUCAGUGUUUCUGACUGAGGUCAAGACCAUUUCCAAAACAGGAUGCUUUGUACAGAUGUACUUUUUUCUCUCAUUUGGAGUGACAGGGCGUGCUUUGCUGACUGUGAUGGCGUUUGACCGGUACGUAGCAAUCUGUAACCCCCUGCGGUACACAACUAUCAUGACCAAGCGGCUCUGUGUCCUAUUGAUAUUUGCUGCUUGGGGUUUUGGGUUCGUUAUGGUGCUGCCCGCAGCUGUUUGGGCGACUCUGCUGCCUUACUGCCGGUCUAAUGUUGUCAGGCACUUAUUUUGCGAUCACUCCUCAGUUGUGGUCCUUGCCUGUGUAGACACCACCAGGAAUGGCAUUUUGUCCUUAACAAACGCACUCUUUGCACUUCUUAGUACAUUUCUUUUCAUCUUAAUUACGUAUAUCUGUAUUGGCAAAGCUAUGAGGAAAAUGAGCAAGGCACAGCAGCUCAAAGUUGCGGGCACUUGUGUGUCCCAUCUGACCGUGGUGUGCAUCUCGUACGUUUCAGCCGCCUUUGUGUAUAUCUCAUAUCGAGUGGGUAAAUUUGACCCAGAUGUUCGUAUAGUAAUCGCUGUGCUGUACUCUGUACUCACACCCCUGUUGAACCCCAUCAUUUACAGCUUGAGGAAUAAAGAAUUGCAAAAUGCAGUGAAGAGAGCGUUUUGUAAAUGCACGAGUGCUUCUAAAACCUCCAGAAAAACAGUUCCUACUGUUGCUUUCUGCGUUCAUUCUGCUGUUCGUUGACAACAGUUCAGUUUAAUCUGUUAAAAAGUGUAAAUAUGUGUGAAACAAGCUAGAUUCAAGUUCCAAUGUAUGAUAAACCUGGUUAUUGUGCAUUUCUGAAAACAAAACUGGACAUUUCUUUCACUCCAUUGUAUUUUCAGUAGUGUGAGAAAUCAAUAGCCUUAUUUGUAGUGAUAUAACAAAUUGCUUUUCUUUUCAUUUAGGAUAUUAUAUUUGUAUCCAUUACUCCAAUCAUAAAAAUUGUCAAGGUGAUUUCAGAUUAUAAUGUCUAAUAUGUUUUAGGAUUGUUAAAGCUGUAUGCUUCAUUUGGAAUUUUGCUGCAGUAAUUACAAUAAAAAAAGCAACCGUCUUGUAA